ACGUGACUUUUAUUUAUGUAACGUAAUGGGGUUACACUGUAACCCAGCGUCGUGGCUUUGAUAACGUCCGUACGGGGUUUAAAAGCGGACAAAAGCCACUGGCCGGAAAUAACAAAACAUUAUUAUUUUUUAUUUGGAGCGUCGAGGGAAGCAGGACGGAGUUUGUGUCCGUUUAACCUGCCUGCAUAGUCGGGGAGAUGCUUGUGUCCAACCGAAGACCGAGCCAAGGCUCGGAACGACGGCAUCAAUGAUCUCCUGUUUUAAAAGUGAAUUUGACAGGUAAAGGGGGCCAACCGUGCCCAGCUAGACGGAGACCGCGCAGUAUGGUUUGUGAACGGACCGUGUAAAACCAAAACACAGAACCUUUUGUUGCUCUCUGACGAACAAAGCGAGGGUUACAUAUUUAAAAGAGAAACGGGAGAAUAAAAGAAGCAGCGCUUCCCCGUCGCUCAGCUGCCAGACCCAAUGGACCUCCUGGAGUGCCCGCACUGCCUCUUCCUGAUGUGCGAGCCGGUGAGCGUGUCGUGCGGCCACACGUUCUGCCGGAGGUGCGUGGAGGGCUACCUCCCCAGCAAAUGUCCGCUCUGCAAAGAGAGGCUAAAACCCAAGGAGGUGGGUGGCACGAAGAACAACGUACUGCUCAUCGGCGUGCUGGAGAAGUGCCACCCCGACGGGACCAAAGUCAGGUGCCAAAUCCAAGAGAAGCUCAAAGCCAACGAGUUCGCGGAAGCUUUACGCGUGGCCAACGAGGGGCUGCACUCAGUCCCAGACAAUCUGGGUCUGAAGCUCUACAGAGCCGAGGCUAACUUGGGCCUGCUGCGUUUCUCCGACGCUCUGACGGACCUUGACUACCUCUGCUGCCUUCACCCCAACUGGACAGAGGGUUUCUUUCGUAAAGGGAAUGCGCUGCAGGAACUGGGUCAGCAGAAAGAAGCCCUCCUCCACUUCCACCGUUGCCUAAAACUUCAAGCUGACUUUGUUCCUGCCAAGAGCCAGAUCAAGAAGAUCCUGGAGGUGGAGGGAAUAGCGGUGCCAGAAGAAGUUCCCUGUGUUUUGCAGCUGGUGUCCGACUACUUGAAAGAGCCGUGCCACAUUACCACCCUGAGCGGCUGCCAGGUGCCGGCGCACGGUGAAAAACAGCAUCCACACGCAGAGAGGAAAGAGGUUCACAAGAUGAAGCAUGACUCAGGUACCGAGUGCUGCCUCAGCCUCUGCCAGGCUGUCUCCUUCCUCCCUGCUGCUGAGGAGGAUGAGGAGAUGAUGAUGAGGAAGGAAGAAGGGCACGGCAGAGGUGAAAGUAAAGCUAACAGGGGGAAAACGCUGGCUGUGCUCACAGUGUCGGACUUCGAGUGCCCUCUCUGUAUCAGGUUGUUUUUUGAGCCGGUCACUACUCCAUGCGGUCACACGUUCUGCAAAAACUGCGUUGAGAGGAGUCUUGACCACAACGUCCGCUGUCCACUCUGCAAACAGCCCCUGGAAGAGUACUUACGAAACAGGAAGUACAACCCCACAGUAGUGAUUCAGACCAUCGUGACCCAUCUGUUUCCCUCCCAGUUGGCUGAGAGGAAACAGGUCCAUGAUGCAGAGAUGGCUGAGCUCUCUAACCUCACCAAGGACAUCCCCAUCUUCGUCUGCACUGUGGCCUUUCCUGGAGUGCCGUGCCCGCUGCAUAUCUUUGAGCCUCGAUAUCGGCUGAUGAUGCGUCGCUGCAUGGAGACCGGCACCAAAACGUUUGGCAUGUGUAGCUACGAGCACGGCAAAGGAUUUGCAGACUAUGGCUGUAUGUUGGAAAUCCUCGGUCUGGAGUUGCUGCCUGAUGGACGAUCGUAUGUGGAAACUGUUGGUGGCAACAGGUUCAGAGUGCUCAAGAGAAGUCAGAGGGAUGGAUACCACACCGCCGACAUCGAGUACCUGGAAGACCUCAAGGUGGACGGUAGUGAUCUGGAGCUUCUGCAGCAUCUCCAUGACAGCGUGUACCAGCAGGCUCAAGACUGGUAUCAACGUCUGGGCGGACGCAUCCGCGAGCAGAUAAACAGACAGCACGGCAGCAUGCCAGAGAAGGACGAGGACGUUCAGGGCUCGACCAAUGGUCCAGCGUGGUGCUGGUGGCUGCUGUCCGUCCUUCAGCUCGACCCUGCCUACCAGACCACCUUCCUGUCCCUGACCUCUCUCAAAGACCGCCUGGGACACCUCCGCCUCGUCCUUGAGUACUUCUCACGGAGCUAGAACCAGGCGAUUGGGAAUAUUCUGGCUACGGCUAGUUGACAGUCAAAUAUUACGCACACGCAAGAGCGAAACCCACGCACAAUUUUGGAGCCGAAAGCCCUUCACCACAGAACACAAGGCACAGUUCGGUUUGUUAGCCGUGUCGGAACUGCAAGUUCGACCAAAGAUGCGUCUCACUUUGGAUCAUCAAAGGCGAAAAUCAAACCAAACUUAGAACUCUUUUGACAACAUUUAAAAAUCAACACUAGGUGUGACUCAAGUUUUUACAGAGAACAUCAAAUAGCACAGUGCAUUAAUGACUGCAUUAAAGCUAGCUACUCGUGGAGUGAAAAUCAACAUAAUUAGCUCACAUCAAAGUUUAGAUGCGUGUUUUCAGUCAUCACUUUUGACUUUGCUAAUGGUUCCUUUGCUCCAGGCACUUACUAGUUUCCGUUUGGUUUGGCACCUGCUCAUUUAAACGACUGCGUAAUUAGUGAAGAGCCAUAUUUAGUGAUCAUUUUCCACGGCAGCAGCUGUUAGUGGAUGUUUAGCUGAUUAAAAUGGGCUGUUUGCUUAUUGAAGAUGACAACAAUGAGAAGAUGGAGUCCAGGAAUGUUUGAUUUACAGUGUAAACCUGUAAUUAUUUGAUGGUCAGCGGAGAAUGCAGCACGGCAUGAACGCGUGUCCAGUGUAAAACGAGCCCAGCUGCUGCUGUUGGGGAUUUUAUUUUUUUAAUGAGAUGAAACGUUGGCAGCACUGAAAACUGCUUCUGGUAAAAUUGUGUAAAUGCAUCUUAACACAGAACAAUAUUUUGGAUUAAAUGCCAUAGCUGGAGAUUAUCUUAGUCCCUCCCAACAAGGGGACAUCCACGCAGGACACGAGACCUACCUCUGGCCCUUACUCUGUCUGUCUGUCCCCUCUACCAGCAGAUGUGGUGCCUUCGAGUGCCACCAGGAGACCCGUGAGUCAAAGCACGACUUCGCCAAUGGACUGUGUGGCUUUUAUCGAUAUCACGCUACAUUCCAUGGAUUGUUGAAGCUUCAAAACUGUAAAGUUGAUUUGCUAACAGCUACGGGCUAAACUGGGUGAUCAAACGUGCCAUGGAUCUUUUUAAUGCUUUGUAGGAACAGUAGGAAGAGUUGUGGCUACGUCUCGGACUGGUGAGACUCGCUGUUUGUUCAGCAUCUUUUUCUCAUGGCCGACAUCAAACAGCCCAGAUAACGUUCGUAUAAAAGACGUUUUUGUGAUUGGAAAGGAGAGCCGUGCACGUGUGAUAGUGUAUUUUAAAAGUGGAGGGAUUAUUCUUGUCUAGCAUGAUUUAUUCUGAGUGAUGAACUGCUGGAAGCAACCGUGGCGACUCACACGAGGAUAUUUUAUGUGAUUACAGUUGGCCCGAACUAAAAAGGGACAGAUUUUCUUACAAAACCUUUGAAUUUCCGACUGCUCAGUGAUAAACAUGUCUGAGUCUGCGCUGUUUUAAACUCCCCCUCACUGUUUUGCAGGUUUAUUUCUUAAGAGGGCCAACCUUCUUUGAUAAAAUACUAUUUUGUGUUGAUCAUUUUCAGGUUCACCUUUUUCUUGUUAAUGGAAAACAUCAUUUUUGCACCACUGUGUAAAUGUACUUCACAAUAAAUGUGUGUACAAAAAAGUC